AUGGCCAUGCUCAGAGUGUCGUCUUACCGCAGGCUGUUUGAGGAGGAAAGCUGGAGUGGAAACAGAGGAUUGGGGUGUGCAGGGCAGUACCGGGCCUCCAUCAGGGCUGCAGCUGCUGACAAGUGUGACUGUGACAAACUAGAUUUUGUAGCUGUAAAGGAGCUCAACAAGGAGGGUCUGAGCCAGUUUAUCCAAGACCGCGCCAACAUCGCCGCCCUCAAUGAUCGCCUGGUCAGACUUAUUGAACUGGCUCACUGUUUUGAGGAGGAAAAUGAGUCCCUUGAAUGUCAGAUUGCUCAUCUAGAGGAGCCAAACAGCCGUCCAGCCUCCUCCAAAAUCACUUCCACACCACGUGAGCCCGACUACAGCCUUGAUGCGGUGGUGGAGAGACUGCGCAGAGAGAGGGAUGAGAUUCUGUGUGACACCAAGGAGCUACAGAAAGAGCUGGAACAUUUGAUGAAAGAGUCAGAGAAGGCAGCACAGCAGAGGAUCCUCCUCCUGCAGGGACGACAAGAUGUAGCUGAGGUGGUGGACGCUGUGACAGCAGAGUGUUUGGCGCUGAGGGAGCAAGUGGCUAUCUAUGAGGAGCAGCUGGCUAACAUGGAGGCCCAGCAGAAGACGGCGGUACAGAAUCUGCUGUAUCCAGCUGAAGAGACGACAGGAGCCGUGGCGGCCUUUAAAUUUGGCAGCCCUGACAUCACUCCGGCCUUGGAUGUAAAGGAGUACUACUGCCAGCUGGCUGAGAGCCUCCAGUUCGAGUGUGGUGCAGUCUCUUUGGCUUUGGUUCCCAUCGGUGAUGGAAAACAACUGGAAGUGGGAGGUGCUGCAGGGUCAAGAGUCAAAGACCCGUCAAAGAUAAAGGACAUCAGGGAGAUGAAGAUGCUGAUAUCGGAGCUUCAGAAGGAGCUUGCUGAGCUUGAAAAAUGUAACGACGAGUUGGAGGACGAGAUGGAGAUGAAGAAGGCUGCGUACAUGGACCAGAUUGCUGAGCUGGAGUGUACCAUUGAUGAAAUGCGGCACCAGGAGUUCGACCUUCAAGAGCAGAUGAAGGAGCAGUGUGAAGACUACAAGAUACUGCUGAAUGAGAAGAUGGCCAGAGACAUGGAAAUCACUGCGUACAGGAGUCUGGUUGAGGAAGAGGAGGAGCGGCUUUGCAACCUGUGACUCAAAGCUCCUAUCGCCGCUGGAUGCUCCACCAC